UGUCGUUCUUUUUUUUACUGUUGAUUCGGUUGAACGGUGCAACCCGAGCUAUGUUGCUAUGCAGGGUGUUUUGUUUUUUCGCAUUCAGCGACAUGCUUUUCGAGCUUUUUGGCGUCAUGAUUGAACCUACUUAGCUAGCUUUAAAGUUGUUAUCUGGAUUUCUAAACAAUUUCAGAGCGAUCAUCGAAGUACCGGAUGUCACGUUACCACGUGACCAUCCGGGCUAUAAAACCUUCGAGUUUAUGACCAACCACAGUCAGUACCAUGCAGCCAUUCGUAGCCGCAACGGUCCUGGCUUUCAUCAGCGUCCUUGGCUGUCUGUCAACCGGGACCAAUUCGGAGCAGGUCAGGAUGCAGCUGGAGCGCUUCGAGCAGGUCAGCGGCGUGGAGAUCUCCGACUGCUCCAAGCUGCGUGUCCGCAAGUACAACCGAACCGUGUUCGCGCUGGACGGAACGAUUAACCUACUGGUGGAUCUGGACAGUUCGUACGAGGUGACGGUCAAGGUGGCGUACAGUUCGCUGGGGAACAACCAGUUCAACGAGUACCCGAUGAAGGUCCCGCGGAAGAGCAUCUGCAAGCUGAUGGUUGAGGAGUACGCCGACUACCAGUACAUCUUUGGCGACAGUACCAACUUGCCGUACGUUGCGGAGGGGACGAAGGAGUUCUGUCCGUUUCCGAAGGGCGAGUACUUCUUCAAGGAUACGGUUCUGAACGGGUCGUUCAUACCUUCCGUGGUUCCGGCGGGACUGUGGCGUAUGUCGGUGUUGUUUUUGCACCCCAGUGACGUGGAGGUUAUGGUGCUGCGCAUCUACUAUCGGGUCAUCAAGGGAAUGGGCAUGUGAGAGCCGGUUUGAACUGUGUGACAAAUAA